AUGGCUGACAGGUUUGCUUCUCUGUCAGUGGAUGAAAAAGACAGAAUCUUUAACAAUGCAGAUGCGGCAAACACGAAAAGAGUUACCACGACGGCAGUGCGAGUAUUUAGAGAAUACCUUACAAGUAAAAGUCUUUCUGCGGAGUUUGAAACGUAUGAAAUCUCCGAGCUAGAUGAGGCCCUGGCUAACUUUUAUCUUGAAAUGAGGAACAAAAACGGACAACUGUCAUUUGAGGAUAGGGUCAAGGAGAAACUAACAAUCAGGUCAUUUGAGGAUAGGGUCAAGGAGAGACUAACAAUCAGGUCAUAUGAGGAUAGGGUCAAGGAGAGACUAACAAUCAGGUCAUUUGAGGAUAGGGUCAAGGAGAGACUAACAAUAAGGUCAUUUGAGGAUAGGGUCAAGGAGAAACUAACAAUCAGGUCAUAUGAGGAUAGGGUCAAGGAGAAACAAACAAUCAGGUCAUUUGAGGAUAGGGUCAAGGAGAAACUAACAAUCAGGUCAUAUGAGGACAGGGUCAAUGGGAAACUAACAAUUAGAUCAUAUGAGGAUAAGGCCGAGGAGAAACUAACAAUCAGGUCAUUUGAGGAUAGGGUCAAGGAGAAACUAACAAUCAGGUCAUAUGAGGAUAGGGUCAAGGAGAAACUAACAAUCAGGUCAUUUGAGGAUAGGGUCAAGGAGAAACAAACAAUCAGGUCAUAUGAGGACAGGGUCAAGGAGAAACUAACAAUCAGGUCAUAUGAGGACAGGGUCAAGGAGAAACUAACAAUCAGGUCAUUUGAGGAUAGGGUCAAGGAGAGACUAACAAUCAGGUCAUAUGAGGAUAGGGUCAAGGAGAGACUAACAAUCAGGUCAUUUGAGGAUAGGGUCAAGGAGAGACUAACAAUAAGGUCAUUUGAGGAUAGGGUCAAGGAGAAACUAACAAUCAGGUCAUAUGAGGAUAGGGUCAAGGAGAAACAAACAAUCAGGUCAUUUGAGGAUAGGGUCAAGGAGAAACUAACAAUCAGGUCAUAUGAGGACAGGGUCAAUGGGAAACUAACAAUUAGAUCAUAUGAGGAUAAGGCCGAGGAGAAACUAACAAUCAGGUCAUUUGAGGAUAGGGUCAAGGAGAAACUAACAAUCAGGUCAUAUGAGGAUAGGGUCAAGGAGAAACUAACAAUCAGGUCAUUUGAGGAUAGGGUCAAGGAGAAACAAACAAUCAGGUCAUAUGAGGACAGGGUCAAGGAGAAACUAACAAUCAGGUCAUAUGAGGACAGGGUCAAGGAGAAACAAACAAUCAGGUCAUUUGAGGAUAGGGUCAAGGAGAAACUAACAAUCAGGUCAUAUGAGGACAGGGUCAAGGAGAAACUAACAAUCAGGUCAUAUGAGGACAGGGUCAAGGAGAAACUAACAAUCAGGUCAUAUGAGGAUAGGGUCAAUGGGAAACUAACAAUCAGGUCAUAUGAGGAUAGGGUCAAGGAGAAACUAACAAUCAGGUCAUAUGAGGAUAGGGUCAAGGAAAAAACUAACAAUCAGGUCAUAUGA